AUGAUGUCCGGAGGAGAAGCAUUAUUACGGGCGGUGGAGGCUCCUCUGUUCUGGCUCGGAGCGGUGACCGCGGCCUGGAUCUGUGUGUGCUCCGUGCACCGGCUGCUCUCCGGGAUCAGGGUGUGGGUGCUGGGCAACGGGAGGCUCGUGUCACCCACCAAGCUGGGGAAAUGGGCAGGUGAGGAAACCCCCAACAGAUUUAUGCAAACAGAAAUGAUGAAAAGUGUUCAUGUGUCAAUGGAUUUGACUGAUUUAUUAAAACUUCCUUCAGUUUCAACAAAACUUUAAACCCUAGGAUUAAAGGAGCUGAAAUCAAAAUAACCUUAAACCUGAAAUAUGAGCAAAGGUCUUGACUUUUACAGCGAUCUUUUGCAUAUUUUUAAUCACUUUCCCUUAAAUCUGCCAAAACAGAAGAAUGAACUCUUAACUCACAAAAUGAACUAGGAGUAUUUGUUAGAAAACUUUAAAUGUAAUUUACUAUUAUAUUUAAGAGCUUGACACUAACUUUUUUUCACAAUGAGCACAUGUGCUGCUAAGUUGAAAAAGUAAGGAGCACACAAAGAAAUUUAGAGGCACAAUAAAAAUUGAUCAGAUAACGUUUGUCUUAUUGGUCGACAUAAGUACUAUUCAUAGACUGUAUAUAGAAUAGACACUGUCUGCCUCCUCGCUGGGUGAAGCCACUCCGAGAACAGCACCCUCUGGAGACGGGCUGCAGUAUAGGUCAUAAAUCCCGCCUCCGCCAGUAAAGCUUAUGGGGCUGUGCACAAACUUUAGAAAUUUAUUACACAGAAUAUAGAUCCCCCCCCGCUUGUGAUGUUUUCUAUGAUUGACACUUGAUACAGCCUAUGGGCGUAUGGAGAUUGCGUAGCUCACCCGAGAGAUACACUGUUUGAGCCAAGCGUCAUCACAGCAACUCUCGGCGACUCUCCUGCCAAAUGUGCACAACGCUACUGUGCAAUGUUGGUUUCAGGAAAUGAAGAAAAAUAUCAGAAAUACAGAGAGCUUUUUGGCUUCAAAUCCAUAUACUGGUGGGAGGUGGAACCAAAUUGUCCAUAGUAUAUACAGUCUAUGGAACCAUCUAUUUUUUUUAUGCGCACAUGUGCUCCUAAAUACACUUUACAAAUCGCACGCAUCUAUUUUUGGUUGCAAAUGUGAGUGAAAUGGUCGCACUGUCGAGCCGUGUAUUUAAUAUCUGUACCCAAACAUUUGUAACUCAUUGGCAGGACCAGACUUUUUUUUACUUAAAGCUCCAGUGUGGAUGUUUUAGUUUGCGUUGACUUUGGCGCCCUCUGUGGAUAAAGCAUAUCCUAAUAUUUUUCAUUCUGAAUAUAUGGAUGAUUUGUAAAACAAAAACCUCAGCCUGCUCUCUUUUUUUACAGUCAUGUAUCUCUCUGUGAAGCAAAAUGUAAGAAAGACUGAGAAGUAAUGCACAGCCAGUCCCCUACCCCCUUACCUUUGAAUUUAGGCAGUAGAAAUAACUUGAUAGGAAUUAUCAGUCGUAAUGCAAAUGCUUUGGUUUGUUUCUGAAAGUUAUAAAAGGCACUGAUUUCAAUUUGAAACCGUUUCUUAGCUCGAUAGAAACGCCUCACAGGAGCUUUAAAUGGUCAGGCUGGAGCACUGAGUUGAGGAGUCACUCAAAACACCCUGAAAAUCCUGAAAAUAAGUCAGGAUUUCAACUAAAAAACUUUGGUUUCCAUUUUUAUAGAGCCACCAUUUAUAGUUAUAACCAAAGAUAUACAUCCCACAUCGAAAAUAAGCUUUUUACAGCCUGUUGAAACACUGCCUACAUAGUAUGUUUCAACCAAAGUGCGACAUCUUACAAAGGCUAACAGCCAAGCAUCAUUUAGGGUUUCAGGGCGGCUAAUCACAUUGUCACUGUUGCCUCUGUCCUCGCUCUUACCUUAACACAAAUACGAUUUGUUGUCACUGUAACCAUUCUCAGUGUUAAAUAGUAGUUUUCCCGGAGGAUGAAUUAAUUUCUACCAUCAUUUGCAACAUUAAUACAGAGUAUUUGAAGUUGAACUUACAAUAUUUCGAGUAAAAGCAAAAUUUUGGAGCAUAAUCAUCUAAAUAAUACAAGAACAGCAUAUGACUUUUCUAUCACCCCUUCACAUCAAGUACAAAAAGCACAGUGGUAUUAAAACACAUUAACAGAAGAUCAUUACAGCAACAUGAUCAGAAAUCUGCGUAAAAAUCAAUGCAGUGCCUCAUAUUUCUUUGUGUCAUCUUUCUUUAGACUUUCUGGAUAGCCAUUGCCAUGUGUUGAUAACAAGUCAUUUUAGGUUAUUUUGGAGUGAGCGUCAGUCUUUAAAAGCUCUGUUCACUGACCUCUUCUGGCUGAAAAAUAUAGUGGUUGCAUCCCUGUCCACUUUCAGAGUAAACGUACAGGUGAUUUUUGUAACCAUACACUUGUUUCAAAUAAGCAAGAAUUCUGUUAUUGGGUGUAUUUAAGCAACAAACAGCUCUUUUUAUCCAAAAAGGCAUUAAAAUGUUGUUUUCAGACUCGGCUUUGAGACGAACAAACACGUCUUUUUAUCAGUGAUAGAUAACAGUCUAUUGAGUAACAGAAGCCUGUCUGAGGAGAUGUAUUUCAUAAUGCAUUCAAAUGAGUGAGACACAUUUUUUCAGCAUUUAAUAUUUUUUUUCUUUAAAGUUUUAAAACAGAAAAUAAGAUUUACCUCUGUUUAAUACCAGAUACAUUUAUGAUCCAAUAAUAUGAAUAAUUCAAAGUGAGAGUGCAAGAAGAAAAUUUUAAUGGAAGGGGUUUCUUAAAAUCUGCUUCCUGUGGUUAUGCAAAAAAAAAAAAAGAAAAGAGAUCUAUAAAAUGACCUUACUUUCCAGCAAUCUCAACUAAAACCAGACAUUUAAAGCAGAUAUCUUGUUUUGCAUUGCAUCAAAUUCUGUAGGAGUUUGUGUGUCUUGAAUAUAAGUUACAAACAGACCAAUCGUCUCUCAUGAACCCCCGUCCAGUUACUGCAGUGCAGUGUGUUACAGCUGUGUUGCACAAUAGGUUAACUCUCCCUGACUGUUAAAUAGAUGACACUGUUGAUUGUGAUGUAUCCUACAGCAGACAUCAGUGUUACUCUCUGGCACGCUUUUGACAAGACAGAAAGAAUCAGCAAGAAAUGAUCAGCGCUUUGUCAUCAGAUGUGCAGUGUAGUAAAGCUUGUGAUUGGAUUAUGGCAGGCAGGGAUUAUGGAGUCAAAGUGAACGCCGCCCAUCUGUGCAGGCUGCUCUCUGACUAAACCUUGAAGUUUGAACGGACUCCUGGGAUUGCCUGAAUGGAGGGGAGGGGGGGGUCUGCUGUGCAAGGUUCACAGCGUUGCACAUAACUCAGUCAGACGUUUUCAGUUAAGAAGGACCAUUUAUAGAAAUAGAGAUCGUGCAGAGGUUUGAUAGGAUACAGAGAAAUGCUGUUUGGAUAAAGCUCUAUCACAUUAAAUCCUACAAAUCAAACACAUUACUUUUUUCAUGCACGCAAUUCUCCUGACCUUGGUUACUCCGUGUGCAUUUCUAUCCCCGUGCUUGCACACUUGGCUGCUCAGUCUUGAUGGUUUGAAUCAGAGUCUGCAUUCACAGUGUCAUGUGCAGUCACAGCCACAUCAGUCUGCGAGAGAAACCCAAAUGUUUUGAGGUUGCGAGCUGCAGUUGCCUUUGAUCUUUUGGCGUGCGGCUAAAAAUGGAACGGCAGCAUCACGCGGGCUUUUAUUUUUGGAUUACACAUGCAAAGUGAUUCAGAAUAUCCAAUGAGGCGAAGGAACCCGUUAGCCCUGGCUGCCGCUUUCAUUCACAAACUUUGUCUCAGUGAAGUGGACUUGAUUGAGAGGACCGAUUAUAUAACAAGGACUCCAGCCAUUCAUAAAUGUGACGUAAGAUUAUCAGGCUUCUGGUUCACUGGUACCCAGGUCUCACGUUGUGUGCGAGUAAGGGAGGGAGGGAGAGAAAGUGGAAGAAAAAAAGAAAGAAGAUGAAGAAGAGAGUCUGCAGCAGUGGUAGACAGAGCGCCCUGAAAGUAGCACUCUGCUGCUCCAUCCUAAAGAAACAACAUCUGAUAAAUGCACUUGAAAAGCUAAGAUUUAAGUUUGUGCAAAUUAAGAAUACACUAACACAUCUUAAACACUCUGUGAUCAUAAACAAAGCAGUAUCAUAAUAAGCUGGACACAUUCAGAUACUAAGCUUGUGAGGAUUUGGAGUGUGCUUCCUCCAUUUUUGUGGGAUUGUGGUUCGUAAAAUUUUUAUGAGCUAAAGCCUGCACAUGAAAUAAAUCUGCAUCUUCUUAUUUUUUGAUAUUUCUGCUUUUCCUACAUAUAAUUUAAGAUAUUGCAAAGGUUGCUGCAGGUGAUGUUGUUUAUGAUUGUGCAAUGCAAUGAUCUUUUUUUGAUCUGAUGAUCUGAAUUACAAUUUAAUAACUACGUAUUUUCCCAGAGCUGGAAGGAAAAUCCUCAGAUCAUAUAUUUCUGUGAACAAUAAAAGGGAAAAUUAAUGUGAGGAAUCUUUAAUAAACUGUAGAAGAGCCUCUGAGCUUUAGAUCCUCAUAUAAUUAGCUGUUGUGUGCCAACAUACCAAACCUGUCCUUAGUCACGGCUCUAAACCUGCCCUUCAUUUUGUAGUCAGAGGGUUUGGAAGGAAAAUGAUACAUCUCGGUAAAAUGCAUAAAUGUCAUCUUUUGAGAGAACUUAUUAAAGAGUAUUUUUAUUCCUAGUUGAGUAGUUAUUUUGAACUCUUAAAUGAUGUUUGCUAAUAAAUCCACCCUCCAAAUUGCAGCACACAGUUAGACAAUCAUGAGAGCACCUAGCCAGUCUAACCUACUUUUCCAAAAGACAGCAGCUCCUAAAAUAGCUCUUGUUUUAUUUGACUGAAGGGAACAUGCACUCAGCUGUAAAAGCUUUUUUUUCUGUUCUGACUGCAAAACAGUUCAUUCUUAAAACAGCUAAAAAUAACCCAGCCUAUGUUUUCUUCAUCACCCUGCCGGCAGACUCUCCAUCGCUCUCCCCUCCUCUUCCCUGUGCUAUUUUUAGUUGCCCCCAGGAUCCCCCAUGUUUCGUGUUUGUCAUUUUCUCUCCUCUCUCCUCCCUCUCUUCCUGCUGUUUGGCUCGGCUGCUGCCCCGGAGGAUGUUCGGCACCUCAGCAUCAUCUGUACUCAGGAAGAGCACACAAAAGGGGACAUGGGUACAGCACGGGCAGAUAGACCAGAGAGAGGCAGAGAAGAAUGAAAACUUUCAUCAGAAUACCAGAAAAUGUUUGCUCAGAAUAAAUAAUAUUCUCUCUGCAGGGAUGUCUGUAUUGGAUAUUGUAGCUACAGCACAAACACUUACACGAUCAGCUGUGUAUUACUGAGUGAUACAGUAAAAUAAGAAACAUUAACAACAUUUAUCGCCCCAGCUUUCUUACUAAUCACCCUGCUACGUUAGAAACUUGACUCUGAUUGGUCUAAAACCCUAAACACCAGCUAUAAAUUCUGAAUUAUAAGGAGAUGCAGCCAUCUGAUUAAUCGGUCUAUCUCUAUUAGCCGGUGGUUACCCCUUUAGAAUAGACAAGACUCCUAAUUAGCUCAGUACAAGCCUUAGGUUGUGUAGCUUCAAGGUAAUAAAAUGUGCAGGGAAAAGGUUGGAAUGGUGCAUUCCAAUGGCAAAUAGCAUGAUAUAGUAGUAAGGCCAAUGUUGCAUAAUAUUUUGAGGACUUGUUUGUUUCAGUGGCUCCAUCACAUCUGUAAAUUUAAAGUGCAAAAAGAAACCUUACCACAGUUUAAGGCAGAGGAUGCUUAACCAACUCUUCAGAACGGAAAAUGUGAUAUGAUACGAUGUGAUACGAUUUUUGAUAUGAUACGAUAUACUGUCUUGUUCCAUUGUGGAAAUUUAUCACGUACUUAAGUGCUGCACAUGCUCUACUGCAUCCACAAUACCACUAAUAAAUGAAACAAUUUAAUGAAGCAAUGUUAGCUGUCCUUUUGCAUGUAUUAUACCAUCUCAGAAUCCUUUAAAAUGUUGUUGUUUACCACCAAAAAAAACUAUCAUUUUAACAGCCUUUUCCAGAAUAUUACACCGAGUUAAUAUUGUGUCAUUGUGCAAAGGGUAAAGUCAUCAUAUUGUACUACAUCAGCAGCAGACAACAAAUAGGAAAAAAUAACACCACAUCAUGAUGACAUGGUACUUUUGGUCAAUUUUUAGUCGUCUAAAAUUCAACUCAGGCACUUGUUUGUUUUGAAUGAGACUGCAGUAUGUUAGUACAUGUAUUUAUUAAACAUAAGAGCUUUAAAGCCCCUCCAGCAGACCCCAGAAGCUGCACUCCUUACUGCACUUAGCCGCAAUAAUGCAGUUGGACCCAUCAAACCCACCAUUGUUCUAGUCUUAAGUGCAGUACUCUUAAAAAGUAGGCCAGAACAACAAUGUUAGAAAAUGUGGUAAUGGAAUAAAUCUAUGCAAUCAACCUCUAUACAACAAGACAAAGAAGAAUGCACAAGUUCUCACAAUGAGGGGUUAAAAAUAACUACCCGGGCUUUAGAGGCUACUCAGGGACAGAUUGUAACAGCCUGACUCCCCAUCCCACUCUUCUUCCACUUAUUGUUAUAUUUAGCUAGAGGUGUGAUGAAUAGUUACUCUGAAAGAUGGGAAUAGCUAUAAAUAGGCCCCUGCUGCCGCUGCUGCCGCUGAUGCUGUUUGUGCCAGGCAGUUCCAGGGCAUCCGCUCGCUCCACUGCCACCCAUGACAGAGGGGACCUAACUUCCCUGCUCCUUCCCUCCCUCCCUGUCUCUGUUUGUCCCUCUUUGUCACCUCAGCUGCUCCCCGUGUUUCCGCUCCUGCACAACAUCUGUCUGCACUGACAUCCAACCCUCCUCUACCUGGGGGAGUCAGUUUAUUUCAUUUUUCUGGAGCUUUUCAUGGUGCGCUGAUGUUAUUGGUUUAUAUUCUCUGCCCUUUUUCACCUGUCAGUCAAACUGUCCACCACUCUGACAUCUCUAUCGUCCUUUAUGCUGGGGGAAAAAUCCUGUAGGUGGCGCUCUUUGUCUGUUUAUCUGCUGGGGCUAACACUCCUUGGUUUUGCAGUCUUAAAAAUCUGUUUCUCUUGGAAAUGUAUUUUUUUUUCAUCUAUAUUUUAAUCAAGGGAUGUGACUGAAAAAUAAUAAGCUCUUUUGCAAAAUAAUUUUGAAAUAUUUUCUCUGUAAAUAAAAUAUUUUUGUAUGCAGCUCAAGCUGAAUGAGGGUAUUUCAUAGAGCAGUGAGCUGGAGUUUAGAGGGAUUACAGCAAAAAAGCAAAGUCCUCUCGAAAAGUCUGUCAUGAAGUAAGAUUUAACAUGAGGCAACUCCAUCUUUACUCUCUCUCAGUGCAAGAAUAAGCUUCAGAAAGACUCGAUUGACAAUUAAAGAAAUCCUAAAAGGAUGAAGGACAACAAGCAUUCAGCCAGUCAAGCCCCAGCUCUGUAUUCACCAGGAAAAAACACUUUGAAAAUGGAGCGGAUUAUCUUUCUGUGUUUUCCAAUUUGACUUUCAUUAUCUGUCUCGCUAAUUCAGUCUCUCUUUCCUCUGUCGUCCCUCUAGUUGUGACAGGAGCCACUGAUGGGAUUGGAAAAGCCUACGCUGAAGAGGUACAAGCAGCAAAACUUCUGACCCGAACAACAGAGGGCCGCAGUAACACAAUUCCUGUCCCUUGUUCUCUGUCAGACACAUUGGAUUUCUCAAAGAUACAUGAGGCACUAUAGUUGUUGUUUUUCUGACUUUCAGCCAGCCUGUUUGCAAACACUUUUGGGUCAGAGUGUGCCUUGCUCAUUAGUGUAUUCAGAUCCAAUAAAGUAAAUUCACUCUGAAUACAAAGAAGCCGUUUAGCAAUGCUGUCCAAGCUUUAAUAUCUGAUUAGAUACCAAAUGUUGUCCUGUGAGGAUAGGACCUAAAUCAGAAAACCUUUCCUUGAAGAAGGAGUUCAGACAGACCCUUAGACAUAAUUAUUUUCCCUCUCAGCUUGGCGUGGCUCUGAAUGAAUAAACCUUUAAAAGCACAGGCACAGACUGUGGUGGCUAGAUAAGCAAAUACUGGAAUGGCUGUUUAAGUUUGGUGAGUUUAAGCUUUAAUAUGAACAUACUGUAUAUGUGACACAAUAAUCAAAUGUAAACGUUAGAUGUUUGACACACAGGAACUAGAAACAGCCGAAAACUGUAGUUUCUCUCAAAAUGACAAAACUUGAAAUAUAAAACCUCAUGUUUUCUGUUUUUCAAGGACUUAAUAAAUUUGAUAUUCUGUAAAUACACUUUUAUUUAUUGCAGUACUACUCGCGUCAGACUUUACAACUCUUCUGUAAAUAGUAGAUGAAUUAUAGAGACCUGACAAAUGAGACAACAGACCAGACAAUUGAAUUUCCCUUCAGGGAUCAAUAAAGUUCUUCUUUUUCUUAUUCCUGUAACAUCUUAAAAAGUCAAUUACCUGUAUCAGCAACUAUGAAAAUCUCUGCUGUAUAUUGUCAGCUGAUAUAAUUGUCUGCAGAAAAAGAGGAAUUGGUGCAUAAAAUAUGUGCGUGCAAUGACAGCGUACAUGAGUCAGUAAGAGUCAGCAGACCCAUUGAUAAAUGUCUAUAUUUAAGAAAGAAUACAUUUACAAUAACAUAAAGUGUUACUUGUGUUGUUUGUCAGAUAUCGACAAAUAUCCUGUAUUAUGUAUCCCUGUUUUCUACAUGUGAACUCUGCUUCAGUCGUGAAGUCAACUUUCUGUGUUUGAAAGUUGUUUUGAACAUUUUUUUGACCACCCAAGGUAGAUGGUGUGAAUGCAACUCCACACCUAAAUAUUGACGUGCACUCCUGAGCUGCCUGUAUGCAGUGUGUGUCCAUAUUCACGAGUGUAUCCUAUUAUUUAUUCCUGUUUUAUGUGUUUUCAGCUCGCCCGUCGAGGUUUCUCCAUCGUGCUGAUCAGCCGCUCUCAGGAGAAGCUGGAUGACGUCUCCAAGGCGAUUAGUGAGUCUCUUACCUCUUUCAUUUAUGUGUCGAAGGUACAAUAAGAAAUGUUCACAGCGCAGAAAUGUUACCAGACAUGAUAAAUUGACGGAACAUGAAAAUGUAUGUUGACAAACUGCAUCAAAAUUACGGUGAACUAGUGACAUGUCCCCAUCUGUUUACACCAUCGGUCAAAUUUAUUUCACCUUUCACAGCCAAGGGAAAUCAACAGCAGGUGCAGGCGAUGUACAUGACUAAUAUGGUGUUAAAAUGACUGGAGUUCAGCCUUUUUAAAUAUGUAACUAUAGAGCCUCAUUCAUCCCAACCCUGAAUUUUCCCUCCAUGUAUCUCUAUUAAAGAGUGUGGUAGACCUAUAUGAGCACAUACCAAGUAAUAUUGCAUUAAAUUGCAUGUUUUUCACAAGUGAUCCUAUCAUUGAGAAGAGAGCCAGCAGGGCUGGGAUGCUUUUGGUUAUGAGGCAGUAAACCCUCCUGCUGGAGCUGAAAGUGAAUCUGUCCAAUUAAAUGAAAGCUUCCUCUUGAGGAAGGGAUAUCCUCAUUGAUGAAGAAGGAUUUUAUUUUCCCUCUGCUCUGCUCUUCCCCUUUCCGAGUGACUCUUAGUUAGCGAUGAGUCUGCACCAAAAGAUUAAAAAAAAGUAUUAAUUGACACGAGGAUAUAGAGAUGCACAUUAAACACAUCCAACAGACUUCAUAAAUACGCAGCCUGCAUCUAUAUCAGCACACCAGCUUUUACUCCAGAUUCACGGGCCAUGCAUUGACGCCAUUUGAAGAAUCAGAGAAAGCCCCAGCCAGCCAUCCAUUACCCUCAGAUUAAUUAGUGUCAGUUUGGUGUCUGCAAGGUUAUCCAGCAAGAUGGCUGAGGAGGGAGAGAGGGGCGAGGGAAAAUGUGAAAGAUGGAGACCUCGUAGUUAAAAAGAAGAGCACAUCUGCUGCAGGGAGUGGUUGGAUUCCGGAGAGAUGAUAUGUUGCAAACACAGAAACAUGGAAUAGUCUCACCUCAUAUGAUCACCGCAGUAGUAAACAACAAUAUUAUGAUACCAAAUGUGCACAGAAGAAAAGAGAGCACAGUCACAUCCCUGUUCAUGAAAGACAAUGACCACAGGAAGUAAAUGUUACACCUUAGGCUCUGGUGCUUCAGCAUGUCCUUCAGUAAUGACCAAAACUAAACCAAACAUGAAGUCCUAACAGUGUGGCUGUUGAGAAGCACUGAACACAAACUGAGCGAGCCGAAACGCUCUGUGUGCAAACACUUGCUGGAGUCUGUCUUAAUUAGACACGGAAAACAAAUCAGGAGAAUUUUCUGACAUUUUGCAGAAAAAGAUGACGUCUAAGAGCGUGACACAACAGGCCAUCAAAGAAAAUGUGCAUUUCAUUUUAAAUCUUUUUACAGAUCACUGUUGAUGCCACUUUUUUGAAAUGAGUGGCAUCAACAGGUUUGACGUGCAGUGACUUUCAAAGAGCUUAUUGUUUAAUAAAAGGUAAGUGGAGGGUACAGCUCUAAGGCAGAAGCUGUUCUGCCUUCAAGUCCUUGUGUUUUUGGUUCUGUAUCUCUGAUCUGGUGGCAAGCAGGUGACAGACUGCAUCAGGAUGUUAUCACACAUCACAAGUUUUUCUCUUCAUCCUGAGGCCCUCAGAUCCAAGCUCAACAUAUCCAGAGUUUCUUUUAGUUAUCUGGAUUCACUAACCCUUAAAAAUAGUGCUUUUAUGGUCUGUUUAUGUGGAGACAUGAAGGUUUUUGACAUUAUUUUACAGUCCCAGCCUCGAUGAUAGCUAUAUGAAAUGAAUUUAUUUAAAUUAGUACAACAGUGACUUUAAGGCUUUAGUGUUCACCUGUUUUUGGAUGAUCAGGAGAGCAGCAUGUUCAGGUGUCCUGCAGUUCUCUCCUCUUUCUCCUCUCUCAUCAUUAUCAGCUCAUAUAGCUCCACAAUCGAACGCAUUGAUUGGUCGGUAUGAAGCGUUUUUUGGAGGAUGAUUUCUUAUCCUUACCAUGAGCUGCCCCAGAGCAGUCUAGAUGUUUCCAUGGCGAUCCACUUCAGAAACAAAUCAACCACCUUCUUAGUAUUCAAAUGUAGAGUUAACCUUCGUUAGCUGCACAUUUUGAGUUCUCGCUGACAGAUUUAAGGUAUUUUUUUUGUCAUUUCUGCAAAGUAAAAAAAAAUUUUUUUGUGCCCUCAGCGAGCAAAUGUGGUGUGGAGACCAAAACCAUUGCAGCAGACUUCAGCGCUGUGGACAUCUACUCUAAGAUUGAAGAUGGACUUGCAGGAUUGGAGAUUGGAGUUCUGGGUGAGCACGCAGCUCAUGUUUUGGCUGCUUCACUUUACAUCCACUUUACAUGUCAUUCUGCAUUCCACUUUACAUUCAACCUGCAGGUCAUAGGAGGCUAAACUCAGUCUGAAUCGAGUCCUGCAGACACUAGGAAUACUGCACAGCCCACUGUGAUAAAUUCAGGUGUUUUAUGUGGUCGUUGAGGUUAAUUUCAUCCCCUUUCUGCCCUCUUAAGAUAAGAGGCGGGGGUUGUGGGUUCAGUGGCUGCAACCUCACUUUUCAUCAAAUUGAAUAAAACAGACAGGAUUGCAAAUUCAGUCUGAUUCAGAGUCUCCAGACAUGAGGAAUGCUGUAAAAUACUCUUUUCAUGUAAUUAUGAGGUUAAAUUAUUCUUUGGCUUCCUCAGCCCUUUGCUGCCCUCCUAAGAUUAUAAAGGAGGAAUAACACUCUGUGUUAUAAAUACAGGCUCUAGAUGUAAUACUCUGGAUGAAUCAAUGUUAUUUCUUUCAUUAACAGUGAAUAAUGUUGGAGUGUCCUAUUCCUACCCUGAAUUCUUCCUCAACGUCCCUGAUCUAGAUAAGGUAAGUAAAAGAUUAUUAUUCUAUUCUAUUUUCAAUCAAUCAAUCAAUCAAACUUUAUUUUUAAAGCACUUUUCAUACAUGGAAUGUUGCACAAAGUGCUGUCCGUUCGCACAGGAUAUUAAAAAACAAUGAAAUAAAAUAAAUAAAAAUACAAAUACCAACCCCCACCCACCAUCCCAACCCCCAUUCAACACAUACAGCACUCACACACUCAUACACACAGAUGCAUACACUAAAGAACAGGACACUUCAACUUGUUGCAGAUGACUGAGGAAAUGCUAUGUUGAGUUAAAAAAGAUGGGGAAGCACUGCAUCUCGGACUUAAAUGUUAAAACCAUGAUAAAAUAUAAUAAAGGUGAUAAACAUGAAAAGUUAAUUAAAUAAAAGUCUUAAAAUUAAACAAUGAAAGAAAGUAAAUUAAAAAAAAUAUAUACAUUCUAUUGUAUAACACAUUCUUUUUAUUUACAGGAUAGUCAUGUUGACUUUUAAUUAAUAGAUCUAUCAGUAUAUGAGAAGAGAACACAAAGUAAAACAGAAAGCUGUGCUCUAGAUUAUUAAAAAUGGUGGUAUUUUUGCCAAUUCUAUGAGACUUCAUCAUAAACUACAUUUAUAUUUUGACCAGAAAAUAAAUGUUAAAUUUAUGACCAAUUAAAUUGUGCUUGCAAAGAAAAUAAAAAUGGUUUAUAAUUGUUUAAUGUACUCUUGGUAUCAGGCAGUUCUUGCUGAAAAUGAGCCAAAAAUACAGCAGAGAGUGAGAGCAGCACAAGUGGAGGAGUGUCAUAAACCCAAUAAAGGGACUCAGGAGUCCAAUUCAUAGAGUCUGAGGGUGAUAUUUGUGCUCCCGUAUCGUUCCAUCGGCAGAGUGUGUGUCUCACUGACAUGAUUAUGGGACCAAGGCAUGCCAAUGAUGUGCCGAUUUAAGAGGAAGUAGCACAGGUGUUUAAGAGGCAAGACAGGAUAACAUAAAAAUGAACAUUUUGUUAGCUUAGUCCGACUGAAACUGGACUUUUAAAAAACUGUCUGAAUCCGCAGCAAAUUGAAUUUCUCACAGACGACUAACAUACAGAGAUAAUGGGGUUGGGGAUCAGGGGAUCUCAAUCGGACUGAAACUGGACAAAGAGGUCUUAAAAAAAUCAUAACACUUUUUCAGAUUCCUGUUCCGCAUUUAAGAGCAAAUUUACGUAAAAACGGGUGAACGUUUGAUCCAAAACAAUCUGCUCUGCUGAGUUGAACAGGGUUUUGGUGCAGCUGCAGCUUCUUCCUGCUCCCCGGCUUUCUGCAUCGUGGGCGUUGUGCCAAAGCACUUACGCCUGAUAAAAAAAAGUGUGUCUCUAACCUUAACUAACCCAACCUCACCCUUACACUUAGCCUCACCUCAACACUCGGUGAUGAAUGACCCUAUUCACAUAAAUGCAGGGGCACAGGUUUUAUCAGGGACACAUACCUCAGCAUGACAUGCCAUUGGGCUGACUCACAAGCACACACAUGGACACCACGAGCCCUCUGCAGGAGACUCUGCUACCUAGCUGAGGCUGGGUUUUUGGGAUAAAGACUUUGUAACAGAACGACUGAAUUAAGACACAUUUUAGUUGUGUUUUUACAUUCUGUACAAAAGGCUUCAUAUGUGUUUUUUCUUGAAAGAGGAGGCACUUGAGGCUCAAUCGAUGAGGGAAAGCACACAUGAUCGCAGCACUAACCUGAUUACUCAAAACUCAAUAUGUUUUAAGGUGAUUUGUGCAGACUGUCACGCUGAAAUCUACACAUUUGACUUGCGGCUUGUUGAAGUGAAUGCUCAAACCCACACUGUGUGAACUUUUGUAAUGCUUCUCUUCUUCUUGUUUCAGUUCAUUGACACCAUGGUCAAUGUUAACAUCACAUCAGUCUGCCAGGUAAGUGCACUUCUCUCAAACACUGAUAUAAUAAAGGCUUCAGACCUUUUUAUAUUGAAUCACACUUCAUAACUGCUGCUUCUCCUUCAGGUCAGAAUUGCGUAGAAGAGUCUUUUAUGUUAAUUGAAACUGUGCGUUAAUGUGGGUGGAUAGCUCGGCUGUCACUUCAGAGCACUUAAAGUUGAGCUCUUCGGUCAAAACAAAAACUUCUCAGUUUCAAAAGAUUGAAGUUGAAGAGGUGCGGAAAUGCUCUUAAUACCCCUGUGCAGUGAACUCAGGGACCUCAGGCGGAGAUUUAACCGAGUCAUUAUUUACGUCCACACAACACACCGUCUAAAUGUUUGCUGUAUGUUCCACCGGUGUCUAGGUUACUGUAGAGUAAUUACACUCAUUCAGGUGGGUUUUAAUGGCUCAGAUGCUCCAUCAAAAGGUCCCACAGACCCAUAAAGAGACACAGACAAGCACACACCUGCACACACAGCACAGCGGUGACAUAAAGCACGGUAAGCCACUUCCAUCCCUCUCCUCUACGUUCAGCCGUUUCCCAGAGCCACAGCUGAAGUCCACCCACUCUCUUAGCACUUAAUUUAUGUCAUUCAAUAUUUCUUUAAACUGCUCCCUCUGCUAUCAUUAUCAUUUCCUCUCUCUCUCUCUCUCUCUCUUUGUCUUCUCUCCCCAACCACCACUCCACACACCAUCCCACACACACAUGCGCAGACUCGCUCGCACACAUUCAAAAAAUGCGAACGCACACCUCCGCACACUUGUCCACAACCUACACUAGGCCUGGACGAUAUAGAAAAAAAGCAUAUCGAUAAAAAAUAAAUCAUAUUGAUCGAUAUCGAUAAUUAUCGAUAUAAUUAUUAUAAUUAUUUAACAUAUAUUUUAAUUGCAGCCCUGGAUGUUUUAUGCUAUUGCUUAAUGACCUACUUUUAAUAAAGAACACACAAGCACUGAAUUCAAAUUCAAACCUUUAUUCAACCACCUUUUUUUUUUUACCACAACUGAAAGUUUUUUUAAAAAAGAACUUAAAAAAAAAAAUCAACUUAAGUGGCCUGAGUGACGUCAGUAAAUACUGACAAACAUAAAGACUAAAGUGACCAGAAAAUCUGAUAAAUAAAUAUUUAAAUAGUCGUUUGAUGAAAAUAAACAAAACAAACAAAUAUAUAAAUAAACAGAAUAGCUUUAGGUGGGAAUAGCAUACUACCAGUUUUAACUGUGUGGGAAACUGCCCACAGCCUGGUGUCUGAACACUGAAAUAUUUCUCCUGGGGUCGGGAGAUUUAUUUUUUUUAAAUAUCAUGUGAUUGACUUAAUAAACAAACUAAGCACGAGAAGCAGGACUUAUCCACGCCGGUGUUGUGUCGUAGAAUGCACCCCUGCCGAAUGCCCCCCUGCUAGUAGCCAUGAUCCAAAUACUCGCGUCUUUGUAAAAUAUGAGCUCAUUUUCUUCCACUUUAAGAAGCUACACCGGAGCGUAUUUCCUCCGCACCCUUCUCACCUUUUCAACCCCUGACCCAUUUUCAUGCCUGAAGCGCUGUGUUUGAGAAAUACUUGCGGCCGGGCACUUCAUAUCGCGGGUCGAGAGUGGCUAGAAGCUGGUCGAAGCCAGGCUUUUCAACGGUAGUUAUUGGCAGUAUGUCCCUCGCUAUGGAGCAUGUUACUGCAUGGGUGAUGUCCUUAUGCCGCUUGGACGCUUUGUCGUAUUUUGGCAAGAAACGAAGUCCAGUUUGGUCUGCUUCACUUGCUUUGUGCUGGUGCUAACAGCGGUUCCAGAGGAUUCCUCCGACGACGACGACGUGGAGCCGCGGCGCGGCCGACACAGCUCGUACUCCUGCGGGUGCGACCGGUUUAGAUGGUAAAACAAGUUGGUUGUGUUACCGGACUUGGUUUUUACUAAUUCUCUGCAAAUUUUGCAAACGACCGCUGUUUGCUUUUUGUCAGACUUCUAAAAACCAAAACAUUGCCAUGUUGGUGAACUACUGAAACCUUUUUUCGGGACAAUUUCCUCCGCUUCUCCUUGCUGUUACAUUAUUUCUAAUACACGUGCUGUCUGUUGUGGUUUGAUAGGGGCUGGGCUUGGUGCCGUAGCGUACCUGGGUCUGCGUUUGUGAUUGGUUGGGAGGAAGUAAUGACUGUAGUAAAAGCUACAUGAUAGGCUAUGAUGAAAAAGAAAGGGAAACUGUGUUUUUCUAUCGAACUUUUUAUCGACCCGUUUUUUUUCUAUCGCUCCACACGUCUAUCGAUCGAUAUAUAUUGUUAUCGAAUUAUCGUCCAGCACUAACCUACACACAUUAAUAGGCUCUUUUUUGUCGCUCCAGUGCUUUUACUCUGCUUCUCACUCUUCUCGCCUCCUCUCUCUCUCUCUCUCUCUCUCUCUCCUUCUCUCUCUCUCUCUCGCUCUUUUUCCCUCUAAUUGUUUUUUUCCAGAUGACUCGUCUUGUUUUACCUGGGAUGGUGGAGAGGUGAGUUUGUCUGACUCCAGCAGUAAGUGGCUUUUUAAUACAUCGUGGAUGCCUGUGAAUCUUAAGUAAUUAACAUCAGCAGAUGUGCGUUAAUCAGCGCGCAGGGCCCUAUGAUAAAUAGCUGAAAGUUUUUAAAAAGACGCAGGGAGAGUAGUGUUUUCGAAGCUCCGAGUGAAUUAGUCUGAGAUGUUUUGUUUCUCAAAUCAAUUAAAAAAAAUUAGAUAAACGAUUAGGAAGAAAACUCCUUCAUGUUUCAUUAUUGAGCUUUUUGUCAAGCAGUCUGAUAGAUCUGAUGAUAUAGUGGGCGAUUCAUGAGUGUGAUUCCACAGUUAGGAGUCCUCUAGCUGUGCCUCAAAUCAAGGGGAGGACCCUUGAAGGACCCGGCCUUUGUAGCCUGUGUUUGAGACUCAGGUUGAACUAAAGCAAGCGUCUGGCCUCGGAUUUCAUGUUUCUAUCAGCAACUAUACCCACCUUUAGCCUCACAUCCCAUAGUGCUGCCUCUGACGUCUAGCAACAGGUGGCCAGCCAGCUAGUUCAUUCUAAUUAAUGACUUCUGUUGAACAGCACAUGACUUGACAGCUUGUUGAAUUGAAUCACAUGCUGGCUGAAAAGGUACGCCUGAUGCAUCAACCAUGGUCAUAGAAAAGAAGAAGGCCAUGCUUUGUUGGGCCGGUUUGAAGGAGACUUUGAAAUGAGAUGUCCUUCGACGGGCUGCUGUGACACACAAGGUCCUCUGACGCAGCCUUUGAAGGAUGCCGCCCCAGAACUGGGACACAGCUAAAGCAGUGAGGUCUACAUGGGAGAAGAACACAAAAAAAAAGUUUCAAGUCCAAGCUGAUGAAACUGGUUUGGGUCCACAAUGUCGAAAAAGAGGCAGAAGAAAAAAAAACAAACAAAGUGGAUUUGAGUCCAAUUUAGUAAGAAGUCCGUUGCUCUGGGUCAGUUUUUUUGUCCUAAACAUUUUCCUGCUGAAAACAGUUUAUGAUUAAAGUUUAUCCUUGUUAUUUUCCCUCAUGAUGAAGCUAUCCAAAACAAAAAAUCCAUCAGCCUCCAUCAAUAUUCACCCCUUAAAACUUUGCUGUAUAUUUUGACAUUAUUCCUGUAAAAUAACUUAAAGUAAUUUGGUCUGUGUGGAGGAAACAGUGCAGAAAAUAGUCUAUAACUUUGGAGAGAAGUGGAGGACAACAUGGUUAUCGAAAUUAUUCCCAAAUGAAAAUCUUAGCAAGUAGCAUCUGUGAACAAAAGGUCAUUUAGCAGUUGUGAAACCCUCUCUAGGAUCUUGUCUGCGAGCUACCAACAGCUGAACUCAGUGCUGUCCUUGCAAGAUGCCUAAGUUCCCUGCAAGUAGAUUAGCUGAAGCUCAUGCUGAGCCGCUGAAACUCCUCCUUGUUGAGAAAUGAAGGUGUCAUUUCAGCCUGCAAUUAGAUGUUUGUACUAACCUGUUUGUUUCUGAAAGCGUAAUUAUGAUCUAAUUAGGGAGGAAAUCUGCUACGUUGAUCUUUCUAACUUAUGUAUCCAACAUGCCUUAACAGCAAAGAAGUCACUUGCUUCUUUGAGUGUCAUCUGCUGGAGAAACCGUAACAUGACGAAAUAUCUCUCUUUGCAUUUUGGAUCCAUGUGUUUGUCACAGUGGUGUACAGGAGGCAGCAUACUUGUAGAUGAUAAUGGCAAACAGUAGAUGAAAUCACGUUUAGUCUACCUUUUUGCAAUUUUAUAUCAAUUUAAAAAAACCUCCUUUGCCUCAUGAAGACCAAAAAGCUCCACUCAAAGGUUGAAGAGCUAUAAAAGAAGAUAUAAAAAAAAAAAACGGCUUAAUUAAAUCCUUCAACUGAAAAUAAAGCAUUAACGCCAAGAGGAGGCUGUCCACCUCUAUCAAACGAAGAGGCAGUUCGAGUGUUAAUCAGAAGAAACCAAGAGGCCAGUGGUAACUUUGAAGGAGCUGCAAAGAUCCCCAGCUCAGUUGAAGAGUCUUUGCUCAGGAAAACUAUUAGCCAUGCUCCUCACAGAUCUGGCCUUUAUGGAAGAGCGGAGAGAGGAAAGCUGCUUCUGAAAGAAAACCGUAGUAAAUCCUGUUUAGAGUUUGCCAGAAGCCAUGUGGGGACAAAGCAAGCAUGUGGAAGAUGAGACUCUGGUCACAUGAGACCAGACUUCAACUUUUUUUUUCCUCCCCCUGGUGCCAAAUGUUUAUGUGUGGAAAAACCCCAACACCGCAAAUCACCCUGAGCACACACUCCCUGCAGUGAAACACGAUGGUGGCAGCAGUUUCGCGCCGUGGUGAUGCUUUUAAUCAGCAGGUCUUCUGAAUCUGGCCUAGAGGGUAAGACAGGAGGAGGCAAACGCAGAGCAAGAGAGUUGAGAGUGGGGUAGAGGUUCACCUCAGUGGAAAAACAUGACUAGGCAUUUAGACAGAGCUAAACUGGGGUGAUUUGGAAGCAAAGAAGAUUUAGGUCUGAGAAUAACCCAAUUAAAACCCAGACGAUAAUCCAGCACCGAAUAUUUGAGGAGACUUGACUACUGUUUAUCACGAACAGACACCGUCCAAUCUCAGCUGUUUUGCCAAGGGAAUGGGCAACAAAUAAGAGUCUGUAAAUGUGGAAAAACAAGUCCAGACUGACCCCAGAAGAUUUCAUGCUGUAAAAGAAUCAAAACUCAUGAGAUAAUGCUGUGAUUUUUAAAGAUGCUGUAUUUAAUUCACUUCAUUUGCCGAUAAUUUUUUACGAAAUGAGACAAAAGUUAAUUUCUGUGCUGUGAUAUUGCGUUUGAGAUAAGACUCCAGUUUUCUGAUUGCAAAACAAGUCACAAAAAGCUCUUUUCAUCAAAUCUCAUGGUUUGACUUGAUUGCUAAUUUCACAAUUUCACAGGAGGUUUGCCCAAAGCAGCCAUUUAGGAUUGUGGUAUUUUGUGUAACCAAACAAAAAGCCUGUCUCCCUUUUUUAAGCUCUUCUUUAUGCAUUUUAACAAACAUGCACUUUGAGACUCAUUCUGAUAUUGCUGAAAGUUAAGGGACAUUGGUGGCAUGUCCUCAUUAUAUCUUUGUAUUUGAAUGCAAGCCAUACGACUAUGAAUAUGCUAAUGUACAACCAGUGAAAAUACAAAUUCAAAUGAAAUCAAGUUUUGAAAUAGUUCGCUUUGUGUGGGUUGAAUAUAGAAUACAUGGAAGUUUCAGUUUCUAAAUUAAGUUAUGGGGGAAAAAAGAACUUUUUUGGGACUGUCUGAUUUUCUAAACUGCACCCGUAUAAAGUUCUUCUAGACAAGUGAACGCUGUUAAAACGAUAUACUGUAUUUGCUGAUGCUACUACUGCUGCUAACUUGUAAAUAUACCAGCAUCAUAGUCACACAACGCUUCAUAAACAUGCAGCAGAUGGUCAUGAUUUCUCUCUGUUAUGUACCAGGGUUAAUAAGUUCUUUAAAACCUUAUUGAUCAGUUUGAACUGCUGCAUAAAACAAUGCACCGUACAAAAGUCCAUACACAGUGGACUCCCCUCUUAUUUUAGAACUAAUGUAAAGUUGACGUUUGGUUGCUUGUCCUCUUGUACUUUUUUCCUCAAGUGUAAAACCUCAUCUGCUCGUUCCUCUGUGUUUACAGGAAGAAGGGGAUCAUCCUCAACAUUUCAUCAGCCAGUGGGAUGUACCCCGUCCCUCUCCUCACUGUCUACUCUGCCUCUAAGGUGACAGCAGCACACUGUUAAUGAGCGUUUCAUCAAGUGUUAACUCCAGUGUAACCUACAGUCACAUCCCAGCAGCAUCAUAAACAGUUUACAUCUCUCCAUAUGCUGUGAUCCACGAGGAGAAAACCCUUUUCUUUGUUUUGGUGUCAUGAAUUAUUCCGUCUUAUCUUCAAACACACACCGAGGCUAAUCUAAUCUCCUGCUGACUAAAAACGUUAGUUCAACAUUUUAUUUUGUUGUUGGGAUAAAAGGAGGGAUUGUCUCUUUUCAUAUUUGCUGUUUUAAUUGUUGAUUAUAAAUAAGUCAGUGACUAACUCAGGUCCCGAGGUAGUGCACCAAUUAAAAAUGUUUAUAGGAGCAUGUGGCAUCAUAAUGUUUUAUAACAGUCUCGUGUGUGUUUGUUAGCUUAAACGCAGCCUGCUGUUCAUGGUUGGAACUGAUUUAUCUGCUGGUGUCUCCAAUACUGGGUCAUGUUUAUAUGCCGAAUCCUGGUCUUUGCAAUAAAGAGUCUAAAAUGCCCCUAAAAUCCAUCUAGGGUGAAUUUUAAAUGAGAUUCCAAAACAUUUCCAGUGCUGUUAAUGUAGCCUGGCUGGGCCAUCCUGUUGCGUGAAUCACUUGCCGUUCCUUCACACAAGAGAAGUUUUUGAGAAGUUGUUUGGAGUUCAAGUUUUCACCUACUUUCUUCUUUUACAGGCCUUUGUGGAUUUCUUUUCAAGAGGAAUUCAAGCUGAAUACAAGAGCAAAGGGAUCAUAGUCCAGGUAAAUCCAAAACAGUGCUGUCAGGUUUUCACCUCACAGUUAUUGUGGCCAUUAAAUCAGGAUAAUUAUAUGAUUGCAUCUUCUGUUUUGGAAAAAAAAAGAUACAAUAAGUGAAACUGAGGAGAGGUAAGACAAAAAAACAUGAUGCAUAUGUAUAUCUAUCAAUCAAUCAAUCAAUCAAUCAAUCAAUCAAGUUCAUACAUUUUACCAACAAAUACAGUUAAUUUACAAAUCCUUAUUUAUUUCUAAUAAUGUUAGAAUUUAUGAUUUUUCCACAACUCUGGCUGUGUGACUAAAACUUCUUCAUUGCCUCAUAAAGUUAUUGUAAUGCAUUCUUUUAUUUUGGAAAAUGUCUGUCUUGUUUAGGUCACUUUAUUUCUGGUUUUGUAAAUCUAUGUUUUUAUUUAGAAGUAGGCUACGGCCACUAGAUCAUGAGUCAUUGAACUGCAUGUAAAAUGUUGAAAAAUGGUUUGACAGUACAAAUAUUUAAGUUAUUAGCAACCACAAGCUCUAACAUCACAGUUGGAUUUAUAAGAAAUUUCAGAAUUUCAGUUUUUGCGAAGUGCUGAAUCAUCUCUCAAAGAGCUGCUCAAAGUCGGUCCACAGGCAGUCUGUGCUCCUCAGUAACCAGCUUUUAAAAACUCCGCUGUGAACUGACAGUAUUAACCUGUGUUUAUUUUUUUUGUAGCACAAUACCAAUAUUUCAUAUCUCAGUUGUGUCUGUUUACUAACUGAGUCUUUGUUAUUUUCUUCCUAGAGUGUUCUACCAUUCUUUGUUGCAACCAAGCUGAGCAAAAUCCGACGGGCGACUUUGGACAAACCGAGUCCAGAGCGCUACGUCGCAGCUGAGCUCAACACUGUAGGGCUUCAGACCCAAACCAAUGGCUACCUGCCCCAUGCCGUUAUGGUAAGUCUGGGUAUGUAAAGCAUGCAGAUGUUAGACUGACAGUGUUCGACUCUUUCAAGUGCUGAAUACCAUAAAAAUCUGAUGUUCAUGUUUCUUUAAAAAAAUGAACAGCCUCUGAAAUGAUCCGCUAUUAACCAAAAACUGUAGAAGAGCAGAGUUUGGAAAGAACCGUCAAUCAUCAAACAGCCUUGACAUACAUUAGCCAGGCUGCAGCAGCCAAGUUCUGUGCAGCUCGAUAUUAAAAAACAAAUGUGGUCUCUUUGAACAUUAAAAAUCUUCACUGCAUAUAUCCGCCUCUCCUUGUGUAGGUUUUGGUUUUAAUACCUUUCAGCAACAUUGUCUUGAUCUGACACCGACUCCUAACAUAAGGCCCAUCACUGUGCGUCAUUAGUGCGCUCACUAAUCUGACAUCUAAGACUGAGUAAUGCCUGCUGUUAGUGUUUAGUCAGCUGGAUCCUGGAAUCACACCGCAGGCCAAAUCUUCCUCCACAUAUUGAACAAUAGAAAUGCACCUCCAGUAAACGGCUGUCUAAAUGGCAGUAAAUAUGAAGAGAGCAUAUUACAGCGUCACUCUCACACCACUACAGCAGAAGUGGUGCAGCUUUUAACACUUUACGUUUAUAAGUCUUGAUGCAGGUGAAAUGCAAAUAUGAUAUGCAUUCUGAGUGACAGUAAACCUUCAGAUCUGUUAGUAAAACGAGCUCAUAAUUCAGCUCUUUUUGCUGUAGGGUCGUUUCUCAGGGCUGUGAGAGCUUGGCAGAUCAAAUUUGAUUGACAUUCGCCAGUCUCAUCUGCACAAAGUUUGAUGAGUACAUUCCUGAGCAGUAUGUUUCCAUCAUCUGUGUCAAAUUGAGAGGAAGCUGAAGUUCUGCCAUCUGAAAGUUCAUUUCUACUAUUCGCUUCACUCCACUGUGGGCUGAGAAAGUGCUUUACCAUCCAUAUCAUAGUUAGCAGCCACUCUACGCUCCCAGUGCAGGCUGAAAUGGCCCUGUGUGUGGCUAAUGAAUGAUACGGAGUCAGCUAGUGCUGUAUUAUUAUGGAGUGACACCUCUGAGUAAAUGUAAAAUGAACAGCAGGCUUUAAUUUCCACCUAUCAUGAGCUUUUAAGAAAAAAGACCGCCUCCUGGGGUGUUGACAUUUUGUGCAGGUACAGCUAAGGUGUGUGCAGAAGCAGACUGACUGUUGGAGCUGCAGACCUGACACAGCACCCAAAACAUGCAUUAAACUGAUAAUAAGAAGUCCCUAUGCGGCUAUGAGUCUUAUGUUAGUAUUCACUACAACUAUCCUCACUCUACUUCUUAACUUCACUAAUCCAGUACACACUGCAAGAAAAAGAUGUACACAAACAGUGUCAAACUCAUGCAUAAACAUAGUUUUUCUGAUUAGAUAACAUUAGUUUAUGUUGUAUAUAAUCUAGAAUCUCUCUUCCCUCUUCCGUCUGUGCUGCCAGUAUUUUGUAUAAUAUGGUGUUUCCCCUAGCUUUUUCACUUCAACGUACAUCCCCCCGUAUGACGUAUGUCUACGUCAACACUGAAAUAUCAACAACUAGUUAUCUUGAUGUAAAUCAAAUCAUUAGGUCCUGAUUCCCAAAGUCCCUGGGCCAUUGGAAAGCACAGCUCCCAUGAGCAGGGACUUUACGGGGGUAAAUGUUUCACCUCAGAACCAAAUUUAGACCCUAAUGAAAUAGCUGAUUAACACUCAACUCCUCAUGGGCCUGAAUCAAUUUGAUAAGAACAGACUACACUGACAGAAACCACGUAUGUUAACAUGGGGGAGGCGGGCUUUAUGACCCAUACUUGAGGUAGUCACUAGGGGGCGCUCUAAAUCUCUUAGCCUAAAAAACAGUGAACAUUUAUGACAUCCAUUAUUAUAAACAUUCAGUGGUUCAAUGCUGAAUGAUACUGAACACUCGAAAGAGACUUUUUUUUAAUUGAAGCUUUCAACUCCUAGAAUAAUUUUGCCAAAUUUGUUCUGAAUAUCAGUUAAAUCUGCAGUAUUUGGAACUUAAAGUGAAACUGCCCUAAAAUCCAGAAAUAUAGGUCACACCUGAGUAAGUGGCAGUCUGUUUAGGAGGUCACCAAGUGGAAAAAAAGGUUUCACCUGUCCUCCUUCUUUGGCUUCAGCAAAGUCCACAAUGUGCAGUUUCUUGUCGCGGUUUCUAGUACCAUCUGUUUUCACCAUGUGGAGCCUGCAAUCAGGACUACUACCAUGACGGUAGAUGAGUCUAUCCAACGGUACCUUUGAUGAUUGCUAGGUACAGACCAGUUCCUCGCAACCCGGUCACCUUAACGUGCACCUUACACCAGCUUACCACAAGGUUUAUCUGCUUAAUAGCAGAAAUAUGAUAUGAUAUGAUAUGAUAUGAUAAUGACCUAAUGAGGGGUAAUAACAGGUAGAAGUGGCCCAAGGCUUGUGUCAUUAUGUUUCCCAGCAUGCCUGGUACAGCAAAAGUGGCAACUUGCGAAACACUAAUAAAUGGGGCAAACUCUCAAUCACAUCAGGUCCUGUAUUACCACCUUGCAUUGCUCUUUAACAAGGCUUUAGCAAGAUUAUAGUCCCAUUUUUUAAGUAAAAUACACUUCUGAGUUUUGUUGUGGUUUAUAAGUCACACUGGUAAGUGGGAUGCAGACAACUUUUUAGAUAAAAACAGAUAUUAAGAGCAUCUUUUACACUGAAUUUUACUAUAAUCUCUGUUUCUCUUUCUUUGCAAAAAGGAGGCUUAAUUUUAUAGCUGCAAGGCUAUCAUUUAUUCAGGUGUCCAGUGGCUUUCGUCUUUGUGGAGGCAACAGGACAAAAACCUCAUCAGGCUGUAAAUUCACUUUGCAGCCUCCUACCUGCUCAUCUCCAUUUACUAAAUUAAUAUUGUGUCAAUGGUUGCUAAAGCAUCUGUCACAUGAUAAACCUCCUCUGAAAUAAUGGAGUGGGAUGCUCCGCUACCUUCUACUAUUGUCUGCAUGCUAUCAGUGUAAUUACUCAGAAAUGAGCCAGUCUCCAUUUAUGCAGAGGUUACACGGAGCAGCAGUCAUUUUCUCCCUCCAGCUCCUCCAUGUUGCGCUCGAUGCUGUUGAACUGUGUGACCUGCAUAUCAAUGUUCGUGUUUAUUGAUAUACAGCACAUACAAAUACAAACCCCAUCUAUUACAGCAUAAAGGUGGUCAAUAAAUCAGAUCCAGCAGAGGCAAAGCUCUGUUGAUCCUGUGCAGUCGACAGUUUUUGUGCUGAUAAGGUAAACAAAGCAAGUUCCCUUCACUGGCCGUGUAUUUCACUAAACCACAGACGGGUAGUGUUGUGUCCUCUGAUUAUCUGAUAAUCUCCUUUAGUUGUUGCAGCACAGCUCUGCACAGCUCACAGUAAUAAUUGGGACCGCUGUAAAGCUGCUACUUCUUACAUUUUCAUAGACAACAAUAAAAGUUCCGUCAUCUCUACUAUAGUCGAUUCUUUAUGUAGUUUCUUUUUGGUUGCACGGUUUGGAUGUCACCUCAGAGGGUCUGUAAUGAUAAAAAUAAAUGGAUGUGGAAGAGAGGGAGACUUUUAGUGUAUAAAAAAGGCUCAAAUGUUAAGCAGUGUGAAACAUUUCAAACCAAGUCAUCCUGCUGUUGCCCUUCUAUUAUAUGAAAAUGUCAUCCACUGACCUGGUCACACAAAUGUCGCACAUCCUUUUCAUCCAAAUAGGUGCGACCACAUAGUUUGUGACCUCACACUCGGAACCAUAACUCAAACUAUUAUAACCUUGGUUUAAAUUAUGUAUUAUUAUAUUAGAAAAAGAACACAAUAGCCUUGUUGUAAAUUAAAAUAGAGCGUGACAAGAGUAUUAUUGAAAGGAAAUACAGUGAAGAUGUUAAUAUAAUUGGAUUGUAAGUCAAUGAGAGAACCAUUUGAUACUUCAUAAAACUGCUCUUUAUUUAAAAAGAGAAUUAAAAACAGCAGGGGGUUUCUUGAGCUGUUUGAACCCCCAUACUCUCGUCUGGGAAGCUGCAAAGUUAAAGCCAAGUUAAUGGACAUUAUGGGUGAAGCAGAAAAGAUUUUAUUGCUGUAAUUUGAGCUGCCUACUUAUGCACAAUAUCGGAAAAAUUAGAUGCAAAUUUGGUGAAAAUGUCCUGCAGGACAAGUUCACCAUAUUGUUCAGCAAUUGAGAUUGUGAGUGGGUGCAAAAAGCAAUAACUUUCCUUGCAAAGUAAUGAUGUGAGGUUUGAGUAAUGCAAAAUAAGAAGAAGAAAAUAUGUGCAGAUAUUGUAGGACAUGGACAAAAGUGGUUGUAUGGCAUUAAAAAGCGACACAAAUGUCUGCGUUUUCCUUUCAUAUCGGUGCCACAGCUUUUGCUCCUGUGGGCUGGAAAUUAAUAACGAAUGCUAAUCAGUUAUUUGUAAAUGCCACCAGCUGACCAUGUAAUUUCCCUCUGUAGGGCUGGGUGACUACGGCUCUGCUCCCUGCCAAGAUCCUCAACAGCUACGUGAUGGGGAUGGGUUUAUCCCAGCGCGCUCGUUACCUCAAGAAGCAGAAGCAGGGAUAG